AUGAAUGGACUCGGCUGUUCGGAGUUCUGUAGGUUAUUUCUUUGUCCACCCUGUCCGUCAAGAAUCGCAGCCAAGGUAGCAUUCCUUCCGCCAGAGCCGUCUUACACAAUCGUUCGGGACGAAAAUGGGACCAAAUACAAAAUACACUUGAGCGAGCGCGCAGAAUGGCAGCACUCUGCCCGAGAACAGGAUCAAAUUGACGUAUUCUACGCUAGAACGCGAUCUGGCGAAAAGAUUUCGUGCAUGCAUGUGACCUGCUCGCCCAGCGCCAAAUACACGCUUCUUUUUUCGCACGGCAAUGCGGUCGACCUCGGACAAAUGAGCUCGUUUUUCAUCGGACUGGGGACUCGACUCAAGGUCAAUAUUCUGAGCUACGACUACUGCGGCUAUGGCCAGAGCUCGGGAAAGCCAAACGAGUCAAACUUGAACAAAGCUUGCGCCGCGGCGUACGAAAAGCUACUCGAGAAAUAUAAUGUUCGCCCGGAUCAAGUCAUUCUUUACGGACAGUCAAUCGGCACAGUCCCGACGACUGAUCUAGCAACAAAAGUCGACUGCGCCGCCGUCGUGCUUCACUCGCCCUUGUCUUCAGGCUUUCGAGUUCUGUUCCCCACAGCAAAGAGAACAUGGUUUUUCGACGCUUUCAAAAAUGUCGAGAAAGUGCAACGCGUGAGGAGUCCGACUUUGGUGAUUCACGGGACAGAGGACGAGGUAAUUCCAUUCAUUCACGGAAAGCAGAUUCACGACAGGUGCCCUAAACCACUGCCACCACUUUGGGUUAAUAAUGCCGGCCAUAACGAUAUUGAAGUAUUCCCCGAAUACCUGGAACGUUUAAAACGAUUGAUUAACGAGGAGCUCGGCUAA